AUGCGGCGCAGCCAGGCACCGAGCCAGAUUGGCUCCAGCAACGAUGUAUUUAAGAGUCCCCUUUUAAACCCGUCUAAAAGGACGAAGCGAGAGUGUACAAGGAUUCCUCUUGCACAGAAAACUCUUUCACAGGCACUGUCGUCUUCUGAUCACGAAAACCUAAUUAAACAAAUAUUAAGUAAACCCUUUAGAGUCCCUAUUCCAAAUUAUGUAUCGUCAUAUUGCAGUAAAAGUUUGGGAUUAAAGCGAACCCAAGUUCGGCGUGCAUUGCAUGAUCCAGAUGAGCCAAAUGCUUUAGUUUUGUAUCUUCCACCUCACAUUCCUGAACACGAGAAAAUGAAAAUGAAUGCUAAUGACGUAAAAGUAGCAGUAGUUGUUGAUCCAGUUCUGGGAAAUAUUUUAAGACCACAUCAAAGAGAGGGUGUCAAGUUUAUGUAUGAUUGUGUGACAGGAAUGCAAAUAGAUGAUGCCUAUGGCUGUAUUAUGGCAGAUGAAAUGGGUUUAGGAAAGACUUUGCAGUGUAUAACCCUUCUUUGGACUCUUUUACGCCAAGGUCCAGACUGUAAGCCAACAAUUAGCAAAGCAAUUAUUGUAUGUCCUAGUAGUUUAGUGAAAAACUGGUAUAAUGAGAUCCACAAAUGGCUUGGUCAAAGAAUUAAUGCAUUACCAAUGGAUGGUGGCUCAAAGGCUGAAAUAACAUUAAAAUUACAACAGUUUAUGAAUACCUAUAAUGCCAUGAGAGUUGCUACACCAGUGCUUAUUAUAUCAUAUGAAACCUUCAGAAUUUAUUCUAAUAUUUUACAUUCAUCUGAAGUUGGGUUGGUGCUAUGUGAUGAAGGACAUAGGUUAAAAAAUAGUGAGAACCAAACUUAUCAAGCAUUAAUGGGAUUAAAGGCAAAAAGACGUAUACUUAUAUCUGGUACACCUAUACAAAAUGAUUUGACAGAAUAUUUCAGUUUAGUACACUUUGUUAAUGAAGGCAUACUUGGCACAGCCCAAGAAUUUAAGAAACGCUAUGAAAAUCAUAUCCUAAAGGGACAAGAUGCUUUAGCAAGUGAUCGAGAGAGAGAGCGAGCUCAAGAGUGUCUUCAGACCUUAACAUCAAUAGUAAACAAAUGUAUGAUUAGACGAACAAGUACUUUGUUAACUAAAUACUUGCCAGUCAAGUUCGAACAAGUUAUUUGUGUUAAAAUGACUCACUUACAGACACAGAUCUACAAAAAUUUUAUUAAUUCUGAUGCAAUUAGAAAUAAAUUUUCUGGUUCUGGUGAUAAGAAUACUCUUAGUACUUUAUCUAGUAUAACUACAUUGAAAAAAUUAUGUAAUCAUCCAGAUUUAGUGUAUGAAAAAAUCAUGGAAAGAUCAGAAGGUUUCGAAAAGGCCAAAGAUAUGUUACCUAGUAAUUAUGAUAUUAAAGAUGUGAGACCAGAAUACUCUGGCAAGUUAAUGAUACUUGACUGUAUAUUAGCUAAUUUAAAAACAAAUACAGAUGACAAGAUUGUUCUAGUUUCUAACUAUACACAAACUUUGGAUUUAUUUGAAAAAUUAUGUCGCAAAAGACAGUAUUUAUUUGUAAGAUUGGAUGGCUCUAUGACUAUUAAAAAGAGAGCCAAAGUGGUAGAAAGUUUUAAUGAUAAAAACUCCAAGGAGUGGAUAUUUAUGCUGAGUUCAAAAGCAGGGGGCUGUGGUUUAAAUUUAAUUGGUGCUAAUAGACUGAUCAUGUUUGACCCUGACUGGAACCCUGCAAAUGAUGAUCAGGCAAUGGCUAGAGUAUGGCGUGAUGGUCAAAAGAAACCCUGUUACAUCUAUCGUCUUUUGGCUACUGGGACAAUAGAGGAAAAAAUAUUCCAGCGCCAAGCACACAAGAAAGCACUCAGUGAUACAGUUGUUGAUCAAAACGAAGACUCUUUCCGUCACUUUACAUCUGAUGAUUUGAAAGAUUUGUUUCGCCUUGAAGAAAAUACAUUAUCAGAUACUCAUAGUAAGUUUAAGUGCAAGCGUUGUGUCAAUAAUAUUCAAGUUACAUUGCCACCAGAGAACUCGGACUGUACAUCCGACCUUUCCAAUUGGUAUCAUUGUGCAGAUAAAAAGAGUUUAGCUGAUUUAGUAUUAAAACAGUGUUGGGACCUUGCAAAGAGUAUUUCCUUUGUUUUCCAUCACAGAUCAGCUCAAACUGAGGCACAAAAAAAUGUUGAGGAGAACAAAGAAAAUACUCAAAUAAAGAAAAAGUUAAAAAUAGAAUUAGAUGAAGACUAUUCUGAACCUGAUGAUAGUGGUGAUGAAGAUUAUGUAUGA